ACAGUUGAGAGCACAAAGCGAUUCAUAUCACCUGCUGUACACUUCUUGUCCCUUUUUCCGACUUGUUUUUCUUUAACACAUCUCACACCGCGGUCCAGCAUGUUUUCCGUGUUGAUUCUGUUUGAGGACCACGCCUCCCACAAGGAUGCCAGCAAGGGAAGAGGCCCUGGGGCUGGGGCCUCACAGAGCCUCGCCUUCACUGGGCCGUGUCCAGAUUGCCUCUCCUAGCCCACCGCAGCCCUGCUGGUGAUGGAUGAACAGGAGGAGCAGGAGGAGGACAACAGUGAGGAAGCCUGGCUGCAGCUGCGGCCCGUGGAGCCCUUGGUUUCCCAGUGCUGUGGCAGCGGCUGCUCCCCCUGUGUGUUUGAUCUCUACCACCAAGACCUGGCUAGGUGGGAGGCAGCUCGAGCCAGCAAGGACAGGAGCUUGCUGAGUGGCCAGAAGCCGCAGAGUUGCCCCUCUGAGCUGAACCCGGAGACCUUUGUGGGCUUCCGCAUCAGUGCCACAGAGAAAGUCACCAAGGACACCUACCACGUGCGGUUUGCACUCCCGGCAAGCAGCCAGCUGGGCCUGCGGCCCGGGCAGCACCUCAUCCUGAGAGGAAGAGUAAAUGACUUGGAAAUCCAGAGAGCCUACACACCCAUCAGCCCCGCCCAUGCCGAAGGGUACUUUGAUGUUUUGAUUAAGUGCUACCAGACUGGGCUUAUGUCCCAGUAUGUGGAGUCCUGGAGACCUGGAGACGUGGCUUUCUGGCGAGGACCCUUUGGAGCCUUCUGCUAUAAACCAAACCAGCAUGGUGAGCUCCUCAUGCUGGCUGCGGGCACAGGCCUGGCCCCCAUGGUGCCCAUCCUGCAGAACAUCACAGACAACGCAGAGGAUGAAACCUUUGUCACGCUGGUCUGCUGCUUCCGGACCUUCGAGGGCAUCUACCUGAAAGCCUUCCUCCAGGAGCAGGCCCGCUUCUGGAACGUGCGCACCUUCUUCGUGCUCAGCCAGGAGAACUCCAUGGAGCGAUUGCCUUGGAGCUACCGGGACAAGACCCGCUUCGGCCGCCUAGGCCGGGAGCUGGUUGAGGAGCUGCUCGGCGACUGCCGGAAAAAGCCCUUUGCGCUGGUCUGUGGCUCAGCUGACUUCACCACUGACAUGGCCAGGUGUCUGCAGGACGCAGGCCUGACCCAGGACUCUUACUUCCUCUUCUAACCCUGGUGCCCUGGUGCCCUGCCACUUCCAUAACCCAAGCUGUGCACGUACUGGGUGGGUCACAGGCCAGAGUCAGAAGACAUGGAUUCCAAGCCAGGUGGCCUUCAGCAGGUGCCCUUACCUCUGGGAACCUGCACUUUGAUCAGCCCCUGAGGUUGUUUAGAGAUGCUCUAUAUAGAUGCCUACAGGAGGCAGUAGGAGCCAGAAGAGGCCUGCAGCCCGCCUAGGUGUCAGGGAUGACCUCAUGGGGAAAGUGCAGGCCUAGCCUGAGGUUGGAGGGGGGAAAGUGGGAGGAGCUUCUCUGUGCCCAACCUACCAGAUUGCUCCUGGCCUCAGCCCUUACUCAUGAGGUGCCCCUUGUGUGUUUGGGGUGAGCAGGGCUGUGAGCCCUGGAAGGAGGACCCUGCCUUAUACACCUCCAGUGCCAUGAGCCCAGACAUGCGGAAGGUUCUGGGACUGUGAGAGGGCUGUGGUCGCAAGGCACGGUGGGGCCCCAGAUGACCCUGGCAUUGUUGCCCCAAGCACUCUGUUUCCCUUUCCUGGCUCAGGAGCCCAGCACUGUGCCCAUUCCCCAGCUGAAGAAGAGGCAUGCAAGGCAAAACCCCUCCUUCCUCCAGAGGCAGCUGGUUCUGCCUGGGCCUUCUGCACACACAGUACCCUGGCGACAGUUGCUAUGGAGAUCUAAAGAUAGAGCAGGAGUCAGGAGCCCUGGGUCCCUCUCCUGGCUCUGCCCACCAUGGUUGCCUGCAGAUUCCAGGCCACCCACUCUGCCCCCUCCAGCCUGCUCAGAGCGUGCCUGCCCCAAGAACCCAGCACCCCUGGAUGACACACUGCAGUGCCCGGAUGCUGCUUUUUGCAGUCUGGGUCCCAGCAUGCAGCAGCAUGCCAGCUUAGAGUUGCAGUUUUACAGUCAUACCAUCACAGUCAUCAUAUCAAAGCCGAAAGUUCCAGACUCCACAGAGCAGCCAGGCAAACACAAGCAUGGGUGGGGCUAAAUGACAAACCUGCAGGCAAGCGAUGAACGGCAGGUGCUAGGUGUCUCCCAAUUUCCCACCCCAGGCUUGUGGUCCUGUGGCAGUGUUUUUCAAACUGGGCUCCACGGGGCCCUGGGGUUCCUUGCCUAGUCCGCAGUGGAGACACAGGCUGUGCAGCUCCCAUUUCUACCUGAGCAGUUCUAUUUUUACUCUCUUGGUAUCUUGGGACUUUGGGGUGAUUUCCAUUUGUGUAAAAGGGUUCUCCCAGUCCACCUAAAAAGUUGCAACAGAUCUCUCUGCCGUGCUGUUUUGGAUAAGUAAUCAUGAUUCGCAACCAGAGGCUGGGCCAAGGGCUUCAGACUGUGUUUCCUAGGCAGGACUCCAUGCAUGUACGCACGGAUGCAAGCAAACACCAGGCUACCAUUUGAACUCUUGUAGAAAUCUUGUGCCUAUGAGCCCCUGAAGGCUCCACAAAGAUCAACACUAAAGACACUUUGCUGUGCAACCCAGAGUAUCCCAAGCUCACUGCAAACUAUUGAAUACGUUCCUCAGGCUUUCAGAGCCUGCCCGGGCCACAUCCACCCCAGGAACCUCACCCUUUCUCCGGCAGCGCCAAGUGCAGUUGAUGAAUUCUGCAAGCUGUGCUCCAGGAUGCUGCAGUAGCCCAGGCUAGCACAGUGUUGAGAGCACGAGGGCCUCUCCCACAGAGCCAGAAGCCUAUAGUCACUGUGACCAGCCUGCCUGGCCUGUGAGCCUCUGCCCCUCUCAGAGUCCU